AUGUCUGAGCCGGGCCCCGAGUCGAUCCCUACCAGCGCGAACCCCCGCAACCAGAGGCCCAAUAAGCGACGGGCCCUGGACCGCUAUGGCGAACAAGCCGCCGAAAUCGAGAACCUAUUUAAAGACCCUUCCAAAGAGAUCCAGUUCCCCAGUGCUAAGAAACGCGCCACUGGCCUCCCGCCUCCACCAGAAAUUGUCCCAAAUGUACAAGGUUCAUCGGCCGGUGCAGGCUCCGGCGAAUUCCACGUUUACAAGGCCAGCCGCCGGCGCGAAGAGGAAAGACUGGCUAUGAUGCAGGCGGAGGUCGAAAAAGCGGAAAACGACGCCAAGUGGCAGAAGGAGCGCGAUGAGAUUAAGCGCAAAGAGGAAGAGAAGACCGCGAAGAACCGGCGCCGCCGGGAGAAGAGGCGCGCGGGUGCGAACAAGAAGAAUUCUGCUGCAAAUGUAGGCGAGACAGACCAGGCUUCUAAGCCCUCAGUGGCGCCGCGUCGCCCAAUGGGUGGCACAGAGGGCUCUGGGGAUGAGCAUGCGCAAAAAGACGAAGCCCAGAAUGAGGAAGCUCGACAGGAAGAAGCUCGGCAGGAGGAAGCCCAGGGUUUGAUUAUUCAUGAUGAUGACUAG